CGCCCUUCAUUGCGAAGUGGCGCCAUGCGCAUAUUGGCUGACCCUAAGAGCCACUACGCUGCUAUCCCAGGCAUACUCGCAUGUGGAUUACUGCCAAAUCUGUCGCAAGCAUACAGUACCACGUCCUACUCACACACAUACAUAAGGUUCGCACACAACAUAACUUCACCGCAAAUUUAUUUCGGUGCCGGCUUUGCCUACCAAGCCUUAUCAUCCUAGGAUCAAAGAGCAAAUAUUUUGUAUUCUUAACAGCAAGUGCGCAGGUCGAGGGGGCCUUGCCGCGUGUUGGUGUGGGCUCGCACCGAAACACCCCAUUGCUCCUUGGUUGUUCUUGAGGCCAACACCACUGCGAACACUUGAAGUAUAGUAUGUUUAAUGUGGACCUUCUUCUCGGGAAGAAUGGUCUCGACCUUGCACUUGAGGAGUGGCAUCAGAUCGCGACAUGGGGCAUGGUCGUUACAGCAGUUCCUGUUUUCAUAGCCCUAAUCUCUGGAAUUUCGGCACCGUAUGGGCGCUAUUCGCGAUCUGGUUGGGGAUUCUUUUUAAAUGCCCGUGUGGCAUGGCUGACUCAGGAACUGCCAUCGCCCACGAUCUUUGUCUGUAUGCUCCUCUUGUUUGGUGCUCCGGGGCUGCUGAAGCACCCCUUCAGCUCCCGCACGGUGCUUGCGGCCGCCUUCUGUGCGCAUUACGUGUACCGCGCGGUCGCAUUCCCACUCCUGAUUCGGGGUGGAAAGCCAACUCCGAUAAGCGUGUGGGCCAUGAGCCUAAUCUUCUGCAUAUGGAACGGCUUCGUGCAGGGCUGGAGCUUUGCACGCCAGAUGCGUGACGACGUGCCAAUCUGGACGCCACGGGCUGUUGCCGGCCUGGCACUGUGGCUGUUCGGUUGGAUCAACGUCAUGCGAGCAGACUGGAUCCUGAUCCACCUGCGCAAGCCGGGCGAAACGGGCUACAAGAUACCGGUGGGGGGUAUGUUCAAGUACGUGUCAGCGGGCAACUAUGCGUCCGAGAUCCUGGAGUGGAUCGGCUUUGCCUUGGCUGCCGGCAACCUGCCGGCCUGUGCUUUCGCGCUGUUCACCUUUUGCAACCUGGCCCCCCGCGGACAUCACCAUCACCACUGGUACCAAGAGAAGUUCAAGGGCGAGUACCCGAAACGGCGCAAGGCAGUGGUGCCUUUCUUUUGGUAG